UCAGUGCCCAUCUGACUCGCCCACGAAUUUGUCUUUACUAUAAACUGACACGAAUAUUUUCCAGUCACUUGGUGUUUCCCUUCGCUAUUUAACUGCAGCUGUGGUUUUAUAAAAGUGCCCUGCCUGUCCUUUUAACCAUGGGUUCGCAGGAGCCGAUAAUGAUGACUCGUGUUCUCCUAGUUGGUGGUGGACUGACUAAUGCAGUGACAGGGUCAUUACUUCGCAGAGAAUUACCACAUGUCGAACUCAUCUUGUGGGAUAAAGCUCGAGGAGCAGGAGGACGUAUGGCAACUAGUCGCAAUCCACAGGAUGGUAAAACUUCUGUUGAUUUAGGUGCCCAGUACAUCUCGGCAACCCCAGAAUACUCAAAGUUGCAUAGCGCGUAUUAUGAAGAACUCAUAGGUGCUGGUAUUUUGGCCCCUUUAACAUCUCAUAUUGAAGGCAUGAGAGAAACUGGAGAACACACAAAUCAUUAUGUGACACCUCAGGGAGUCUCUUCUAUUGUUAAACAUUUUAUGAAGUCUGCUAAUAUGGAUGUCAGAUAUGGUCACCAUGUGAAUCGUAUAGACCUCAGUGGGAACAAAUGGAAUGUAGAGACAAAAGAAGGUGCAGCUGAUACAUUUGAUGCAGUAGUUUUAACAAUGCCAGUUCCUCAGUUAUUUGGCCUGGCAGGAACAGUGAAGGAUACAUUAGAAAAUGAUGAGAAGCUGAGAUCAUCCUUGUUGUCUGUAGACUACAGCUCUCGUUAUGCAUUGGGCUUAUUUUAUGACGAAGGUGCUGAUAUCAAACUGAAAAAUGAAGUUUCAGCCGAGUACAUCACUAACGAUUCUGUCAUUCGUUUUGUUGCCAUUGAUAACAAGAAGCGAGGACUUGACAAUGGCGCUCCAUCAGUUGUAGUUCACACUUCAGUUCCAUUUGGUAAGGCAUAUGUGGAGGAGACAACAGAUGAUGUAAAACCAUUAAUUAUGAAGAAGGUUCAAGAGUUAUUCCCUGAGUGGCCAGAACCGACUUAUGUUAAGUGCCAAAAAUGGAGAUUCUCACAGGUAACAUCUGCUUAUCCUGGACUGCCUGGCUGUGUAUCUUUAGCAGAUGGUUUAGUUAUUGGAGGUGAUGGAUUUACCCAUUCAAACAUGGAUGGUUGUAUAGAGUCAGCUAAAUCUAUAGUAGAUGUUGUAGUUCAGUAUCUGAAAAAGGGGUCUUAGUGUUUCUUAAUAUUUUAUUAGUAUAUUCAAACACCCCAAAAAAUUUAGUUAUAUAAGAAAGUAUCAAUUGUGAAUGCCUUCUUACACAAUAUAAUGUAGAGUAUAUACCUUUCUUAGAUCUAGAAUGUUCAUAAGUUUUUGUUGCAAGGUUUAUAUUAAAAUUCAAAGAUUC